GGCCAACGCUGUCUCGGUCUCAUUUCCCCUUAGCUUAAACCGGAGAGCGAGUAGAAAACCACGACCGCCGAGACUGUGACACGCCGCCAACUGUAGCCCUGUUACGAGGGGUAACUUCUAUAGAGACACGAGUGGCACUUGAUUUUGACAAGUUUUGCUGUAAGUGGACAUCAUGGUGAAGGAAGGUGCUACAACACUGCCCUCACCAGGUACUCCUGCAGCCUUGCCUAUUCUGAAGGAUUUUCUCAGCCACAGAGAUGGGAAUCCUGUUGAUUAUAGCCAUGUGGAUGAUGAUCUCCACAUGCCGGAGUACUUAACUGGCUACCACAGUUUAAGAGAAAAGAUCCAUAGUCGGAUAGAAUCAAAAGACAAAUUCUUCUCACUGGAGUUUUUCCCACCUAGGACGAAAGGUGGUGCAGUGAACCUCUUAGCCAGGUUUGAUCGCAUGCGUGAAGGAGACCCCCUUUUCUGUGAUAUUACAUGGCAUCCUGCUGGCAACCCAGGAGGAGACACAGAGACCUCAUCUAUGACUAUUGCUGGUGCUGCCUUGAACUACAGCGGCCUAGAGACAAUGCUGCACAUGACAUGUUGCUCUAUGACCAAAGCAGAAAUCAGCAGGCACCUUCAGCGAGCUAAGGACAUAGGCCUUAAAAAUAUUUUAGCACUGAGAGGAGAUCUUCCAAGUGGCAAGGAUAGUUGGGAACUCUCUGAGGAUGGGUUCAACUAUGCUACAGAUCUUGUCAAACAUAUCAAAAAGGAAUUUGGAGAUUACUUUGUUACAUGUGUAGCUGGUUAUCCCACAGGCCACCCUGAGGCCACAUCAUAUGAGGAUGACUUGAAGCACCUGAAAGAAAAGGUUGAUGCUGGAGCUGACUUCAUCAUAACGCAGCUAUUCUUCAAGGCAGGGACAUUCAUCAAGUUUGUGAAUGACUGCCGGGCUAUUGGCAUCACAUGCCCUAUCAUCCCAGGGCUCAUGCCUAUCCAGAGCUAUGAUUCCCUAAGGCACAUUGUCAAGCUCUCAAAGUUAGAUGUCCCAGAGGACAUCAUGAAUGUAGUUGCGCCAUUGAAGGACAAUGAUGAAGCGAUCAGGAACUAUGGGAUUCAUCAGAUGUGCACACUUAUCAAGGAGUUGUUUGCAGCUGACAUGGCUCCUGGAAUACACUUUUAUACACUAAACAGAGAAGUAGCAACUACAGCCAUUCUGAAGCAACUUGGCUUGUGGGCAGCUUCUCCGAGGAGACCUUUACCUUGGAAAAUGGCUGCUAAUCACAAACGGAGUGGAGAAGAUGUCCGUCCAAUAUUCUGGGCUACUCGACCAAAAGCUUAUGUGUACAGAACACAGCAUUGGGAUGAAUUUCCGAAUGGAAGAUGGGGGGCUUCAGAAUCGCCUGCAUUUGGUGAAUUGAAAGAUUACUACCUUUUCUACCUCAAGAGUAAGAGUUCUAAAGAGGAGCUGCUCUCAAUGUGGGGAGAAACACUGGAGAGUGAGCAAGAUGUUUGGGAUGUGUUCCAUGCAUACUUGACGGGUGCGCUGAAUAAGGCAGGCCGGAAAGUGACCAAAGUUCCUUGGAAUGACGAUGAGCUAAGUUCAGAGACUUCCUUGUUAAAAGACAAGUUGGCCGACUUCAAUAAACGUGGUGUUCUUACCAUCAACUCCCAGCCUAGAGUGGAUGGCGCAAGCAGUGAGGACCCAGUUGUGGGCUGGGGAAUGCCUGGUGGAUAUGUCUACCAGAAAGCCUACCUGGAAUUUUUCACUUCGAAGGAGAAUGUUGACGCCCUUCUAAAUGUGUUACCACUCUUCCCCAGAAUUAAUUAUCACAUUCUGACUAAAGAUGGCAAAGCAGAUUUUAGUAACUGCCAUCAACACCGUCCAAUGGCUGUGACCUGGGGCGUUUUGGGGGAGAUUAUUCAACCUACUGUAGUGGAUCCUAGUAGCUUUAAGGCAUGGAGGGAUGAAGCCUUUGGUCUCUGGGAUGAACAGUGGGGAAAUCUGUACCCAGCAGAGUCCCAGUCAAGGCAAAUAAUAUCCCAGAUUACCAGCACUUACUACCUCGUCAAUCUUGUCGACAACGAUUACCAGAAGGAGUCCUGUCUCUGGGAUGCCCUAGAGGCUAUGUUUGCCUGGAGAAAACUGAAGGAGGAGAAGCAGGAUGAGCAGAAGAAUGAGAAGGACCUCUGUGUAUGUGUUCAGGGGUAGUAUGUUUGUUAUUGCUUGUGUUCCUCAGUAGAAGUCAGGUUUUAAUGUGUUAAGUGUAUUGCCAUCUAUCUUAUAGAUUUUUAGGCCGUGUUAAAGAGGAAUGGUGUAAGAUAUAAGAAAUAUAAUUUCUUUCCAAAGAUAUUACAGCCAGUCCAUUCUUGUUAUUUAUUUUGGUAUGUGCUAAUACAACUACUAGUUUUUUUGGUAUCCAUUUAUUGAAAAGUUUAGUUUUGAUAUUUGAUUUGAAGAUUUGCCCCUUUUUAAGUACUCGUAUAAUUGACGGAUAUCCAUGUGCAAAUCAGUUGCAUUAGGAAGCAAAGUAAGACUCAGUUUUGUUUUUAUUAGUUGCUUUGUCAUUGUUUUAAUCACUGCAUUAUAUUUAUUUUAUUUGUAAAAAAUUUAUUUUUCUUUUUUUCAUGGAAGGAAAUAAUUAUGAAAUUUUAGACUUCAUUUUGAUUGUCAUAGAAUAAACAUUAGCCUUUUUUGUAAUUAGAUUAAGACUUUUUGUUUCCCAACAGGAUUAUAUGAAAACAUUUUUAUUGGAUAAUAAAAGAUUAUUUCACAAGGAAUUAGUGAUAUUUUUAUAGGUUUUAUUACAUAGAAAGUACAGGCUUUGUUGCAGUUGUGCAUUAUGACAUAGCUAGUUAUUGGUUUCUUAAGUUGUUCAUAUAAUGCUGUUGCAAAAACACAGGUGCUGUUACAUUGUAAUUUAAACUUGAUGCAUUACUUUUUAUCUUUGUGUUUUAACUUAGUAGUGUAAUUUUAUGUAAUCUUUGUUUCUGGAAUGUAGUAUGAUGAUAAACUGCCAGGCUGUUUCAAGCCAAUCUGAUGACACUGUGAUUCCCUUUGACAUAAUGCUGUUUUAUAAGUAGAAAAAGAACAAAGCAUACACCACUGGUUUCUUGGUGCAGUUUUCCGACAUUAUUUACUUUAAAAACAAAGAAGACUUGCUAUUUUCUUUUCUUAUAAAACAGUGAUUAUUAUUUUAGAAAGAUAGGUAAAUUGGUUAAUAAAAUAACCAUAUUAUCUCUCAUUUAUUUCUUCUUUUGGUUUUAUGGCUAAUUGGUUCUUGAAGAUUAGUUCUUUAGUCAAACAUGAAGCACAUACCUUGUAAGUGCAUCCUUUUUUAUUAUGCUUUUAAAGAGGAUGCUUUUGACCGGUGAAAUUCCAAAUCAGUUUCUUAUUUGGAGUCAGUUACAGGAGAAAAAAAGUUAGUUUUUUAUAUCCUCUUCUCAUGAUGGAUACACAGCUCAGGGAGUAAAGCUGAUCUCAGUUUUUUACCACAUGCAAACAGUGUUCAUUUCUGUCACUGCACACACAUCAUUCAUUGCUCAUAGUUCAUUAUUUACUUAUCAGUAACCAUUAAGAGCUGUAACAUUUUAUGGAUCAUUUUUUGCAUUUAGAUGAUUUAGUAUUUUGUAAAAGAUUAUAGUAUAUAAUCCUCUUCAGCCACCAUCUGCAACUCGUUCAUCCUUGUUCAGCUUUGUAUCCACAUGAAUAAAAUAGUCUUGCCAUUGUCAGGCACUGAAUGUCCUUUAGGUUCGUUCACACCCACUUCAGUCACUCAUUAUUUAUGUUAUCAUUGGCCCAUUGGAUAAUGCUUACAUUGACUAUAAGUAUUAUCGAAUGUGGUUAAUACACAAAUGUGUAUGCUAUCAUGUAGUUUGUAAUUGAAAGUAAAUGGGUCUGACCUUUGUAUGUUUAGACAGAAGUUUCAAUAAAUGAUAUUUUUAA